CGCGCCCGGAGCCCGGCGAGCACGGCCCGGGCUGUGCCGCCCCGGCGCGUGGCUGGCCGGGGUCGGAGGGGCUCGCCCUCAGGGAGCCGGAGCUGCGCUGCCGCGGGCCCGGAGCCGCCCGGCCGGGUCCGACGGGUGUUCUCCCCGCAGGUGGACUGCGUCUCGGGAAAAGUGUUCUUCAGGGCAGCGGCGGGACCUGGAGAGCUGCGGCAGCUGCGCUCGGGGGAGCGCCUGUUCCUGCUGCUGAAGAAGCACAGUCCGCUGCCGGUGUCCGGGAACAGAGGGAAAAUGCUUCAUGAGAUUAAAAGCCUUGUCAUUGAGGACCCGAAAUACUGGCUGGAUAUUAUCUCUGUUUGGAGAAAGCUUCAUGGACACAAGGGGAAAACACAUUAUGGCUCUGAAGAAAAUGCAUUGGCUCUGAAGAGAAAGUCAGAAGAAGAGACAAAUACUGCAAGUAAAAGGCGGAAAACGGAGCAAGUGAAGGCAAUUGUGUCUGAAGAGUGUCAGGUGGGAGCUGGGGAGACCUGUGAGGCACCAGACAGAAUGAGCAGGCAGGAGUGCUGGACUGAGAGCAGGACUUCCUCAGAAUUGCCUUCCAGAGGCAGUGGAGAGGAUCCUGCUGCCAGUGAGGAGCUUUGCUUCAGCUUCAGGGUGUCAUGUCGCUGCAGUGGAGCGAUUGCCAGAAUACUGACUUCACAGGAGGUCGGAAGAGCCAUUGGCAUGGCGCUGGUGAAGCAGUGUGGGUGGCAUACUGAUCUGCGGGACCCUGACCUGGAGAUCUUUGUACAUCUUAAUGACAUUCACUCUGUGGUGGGGAUUCCUCUUUUCAGGCUUCCAUUGGCAAACAGAGAGUAUAUCAGAACAGCAGGACUGCGGUCAACAGUGGCAUGGGCCAUGGCAUCUCUGGCUGAAAUCAGGGCUGGUGCCCUUGUGCUGGAUCCCAUGUGUGGGCUAGGAACCAUCCUGCUGGAGGCUGCCAAGGAGUGGCCUGAAGCUUGUUACUGGGGUGCUGAUAUAAGUGACUCACAGUUAGAGGGUGCAGAUGGCAAUAUCAGAACUGCAGGCUUAGUGGAUAAGAUUGAGCUGCUGAAAGCUUCUGUGAAAGCACUGCCAUUGCCUUCAGAAAGCUUUGAUAGUGUUAUUUCGGAUAUUCCAUUUGGGAAGAAGUUCAAGACCACAAGUGAUUCCCAGCUCCUACCAGAUCUUCUCCAGGAAAUGGAGAGAGUGCUUCGUGUUGGAGGGACCCUGGUGUUGCUGCUGAGCCAGGAGCUCCGCAGACACGUGGAUCGUUUGACCAGGUGUGCUGGAGGUGCCUCUGCUGAUGGUGACAGUGGAACUGCCCCUGCACAAGCCAUGGAUGGUUUGACCAGGUGUGCUGGAGGUGACCCUGCUGAGGCCUGUGCUGAUGGUGACAGUGGAGCAGCCCCAAGUGUGGAUGGGAAUUCCUCCUCCUUGGCCCAGGGGGGUGGAAAAUCUGUUCUCAGCAGACAUUUCGGGUCUCUGCUGCCAGAGGGUGUCUAUGCCGUUAGCCUGGGCAAGACUGAUGCUUUCAUACACAAAUACAGGAAGGUGUCUGCUCCUGGGAGCAGCAGAACUGGGACUGAGAGCUGUCCCAGUACUGGUACACUCCCUGGAACUGGGAGCUCUCUGGCCCUGGGCUGAAGAGAACUUGAAUGCUUCGGGAGCAGCAGGACUCGUGGGGCUCUGCUGAUGCAGACACACCCACUGCCAUCCCUUAGAUUGCCUCAUGUUCUUGGGAAGUCCUAAGGCUCUGUGCUGUUCUGUCUCUGGUUUAAUAGGAGAAGUGGAAGAUGCCAGUUCUACUGUAUUGGAUACAGUGAAAGAGGAUAUAGUGUAUUGUAAUGUGGCAGAGUCCUCAAAUCCUUGUUUAGGCGAAACUGCUCAGUAUUGGGAGGAGCUUCUGUGGGAGAGACUUCUGAUUUGCAGAACUGCAAAGCCAGUUGUGGUAGCCCAUGAUCUUUGGGCUGUGCACUCCAGCUAUUCAUUUUAAAGUAAUAUUUAAGCUGCAGCUUUGUCUAUUCUAAGUAUUCUUAGUGUUCAGGUUGUUCUUAGAUGGAGGAUAGGUGUGCCCCCUGAGAUGCUGAGCAGGAAGGGAGGCCAGAAGGACAAGAAGCAGCAGUGACAGCUGGAGCUGCAGCCAGUCCCAGGCCCUGGGCCCUGACCCUGUUUUGUGUGUCCUGGGUCCUCCCUGCCCUGCCUCUCCCUUUCUCUCCUGCAUUUUUGUGACACCUUUUUUUCUUCUCUGUACCUUUUCUCUUGGUUCUUCUGUCUCGUCAAAAUAGGGCUUCUAGAACUGUACCAGCAUGACAGAAAGGGCCCAAGGCAAUACUGAAAUCACUCUCUCCUUUGGGUUUUAGCGUCCUUUGUACAAAGGCUGAGAUAGCAAAAACCAAAAAACAUUGCAUGUUUUCUGUGACAACUAAGCAUAAAGACUUCUCACUACUUUCCUAAGCCAUGUCAGUCUGCAGGAACACUGGAGGACUUUUGAGGAGGGAAAAUUAGGAUAAAAGACUGUGUCAAAAGACUGAAGAUCACCUUAAAGAGCAGGGUUGGGUUUAAUAAUGCUAUUUUGUUGACUUCAACACUGUUUCUCUCAAAUGUUUUUAAUGAGAAAAGUAAAAAAUAGGAUUAUAUUUGCAUUUUCAAACACACUUUUCUGUCCUAAAAUAUCUUGUAGUUGUUAAUGUAUAUUUUUACAGCUGUGCAGUCUAUGAUAAAGACUUCCUUUUGAAACUCAGCAGCAUUUUGGCCUAAAGCAAACUUUAAGGGUAGGGUUUGGGGGGAGGUUUGUUUUUGUUCAUUGUAGUUUCUGGUUUUGUUUUUUGUUUCAUUUGGCUUGCCUUUUUUUCUAACACUGAGCGUAUCAAAGAAAUCAAGGAAUAAUGUGUAAUUGUAGUUUGAAAUUGUUACUUUUUUACAAACAAUUACUUUGAACUCUGGUUAACUGUAUUUAUCUAGUGUGGUUCAGUAUUCUUCAACCAUUGUGCUGCCAAAAACAUUUAGAAAUGUCUUGGUGAGAAUUUUUGCUUUGGUAUUUUAGAAGAAAGCAGCGUAGGCCACGUUGUGCUGCCCACAUGCAGCUGUGAGACAUUUGUUCCUUGCCUGAGACAUGAAAGGAUAGUUUUGUGUUGUCCUGCCAAGUUCUGUUUGUGUAUUGUAGUGGCUUUACCUAUGUCCUAGGGCUGUUUUUGGUCCCUGCUUGUUUUUUUGUAUGAAAGCUGAUUUUUCUAGUCUUGCAACACCAACAAAAAAAGGAAUGUAAAUGGCACUCGCAGUGCUAAUGUCACAUCAACCCUCAUUGUUUGUAGGUACUGUUUUUUUGGAGGCAAUGAACUGAUGUCUUCAGUCUGUUGCUUUUUGAAGUUGUUGGAUGUUUUGGGGAUUACAGUGAUGAGACCUGAACAUAAUGAUGUGUGCCCUGUAGUCAUACCAACACUGAAAAUUUUCCAGGUGUUCCCUCUAAGUUUCUUUGAUGCUGAACUACAGACACACGUAAAAGCUACCAAAAAAACCCUGUUCUGUGGAAAAACACACCCUAAAGAAACAUCUAUGUGUGAAAUUCUGAGACUUGCUGUAAGUAUAGAUGAAUUCUUCUGUAACGACUUGGAUCAUAUGUUAUCUGUAUAGCAGCCAUACAAAAAUAAUAGAGCUGCUCUUGACAAAACUCUUUUUCUGAGGAAUAGCAAGCAAAGUUUUCUGUAUUUUGUCAAAGCAAGUCAACUACAAAUACAAAUAAAUACAUACUUUUACAUCAGUACUUCAAAAUACAAAAAUAUAUGCAGCUCUUUGGAAGAAAUUAGAAGUGAACCCAGACCUUUGCAGGUAUUUUUUCUUCUACAAUAUACACGCUCUAGGAACUGGAUACAUUAAAAUUAUAUUUUAACAACAGUAGACUUAUGGUAAUUCACUGUAUUCACAGAAUAUAUAGAAGCAGACUGAAUAGAUUCUCAAUACAUUUUGGUAUUGGAUAAAGUUCUGUGUUAGAUAUGCAAGAAUAUAAUUUUAAAUGUUAAUGCCAUUAUGUUGUCACAAUUAUUUUAGCUUGAGGAGAGUAAUAGAUUAAAACUGAUUUUUCAGGGAUUUUACAGUCAGGAGCUGUAAUUUAACCAGAAGUGAGGUAAUUAGAGAUAGAUCCCGAGCUGCGUCUUAUCAGAUUAUAAUUAGUCUUCUUUGAAUAGCAGAUUGAGACACACUUGGUUUGUUACAUAUUGCCAUUCAAAAUAUCCUAGUAUUAAAUAUAGCUAGUCAUGUUAUUACUGGCACACUGUGCUUGUGUAACUGUGGACAUCAGCAUAUCUGAAAUAAAUACAGAAUUUCUGCUCA